GGACAAUGGUCUAGGAAAAGCCACACAGCAGAAAACAAAGGAGGGAGGGAGCUGCGGGCACCUCUGCUGCCAGGCUGGGCUGGCCCCCGUGCGAACGCCACGCAAGUCACUCCCGCGGGACGCGGGGGCUGCUCGCCCCGGGCGUGAGAGGCGUUCGGGGCAAGCGGCGGGGCUGGCUGGGGGCUGAACCGGCCGGGCGCCCAGGGCCCCGGAACUGCUGUCACAGACUGGGCCCCUCCUUGGCCGACGCGAAGGGGAAGCUCAGGGCCUGACAGCGGCGGAGGGGCUCGAGCAAAGGGAGCGGUCAAGACUCACUGCCAUGGCCGAGGAACCUGCCACUAUUUGUUUCAAUGAAGAGGAUUUUUACUGUCCCGUGUGCCAGGAGGUGUUCAAAACGCCUGUGAGGACAGUAACCUGCCAACACGUCUUCUGUAGGAAAUGUUUCCUGACAGCAAUCAGAGAAAGUGGAACGCAUUGUCCUCUAUGCCGUGGAACUGUGACUAAAAAAGAAAGAUCAUGUCCCAAAAGGGCUCUAGAUGUUGAAAACAACAUGAAGAAGCUUUCUGGGUGUUGUAGAUGCUGUGAAAAACAGGUUAGGUUUUCUCGCAUGAGACACCAUUAUAAAACAUGUAAGAAGUAUCAGGAUGAAUAUGGUGUUCCUUCUAUUGUUCCAAACUUUCAGAUUUCCCAAGAUUCAACAGGGAACAGUAAUAGGAGUGAUACAUCUACAUUUGAUAACGGAGAGAUGGCUAAUCUUCAGACACUUCAGGGAGAUGCAAGUGCACAUCCCACAUUCAAAUGCCCCCUGUGUCAGGAAACCAACUUUACCCGGCAACACCUACUGGAUCAUUGUAACAAUAGACACCUUUAUCAGAUAGUUCCUGUAAUUUGUCCAAUUUGUGUGUCUCUUCCAUGGGCAGAUCCCAGUCAGGUUACUAGAAAUCUUGUUAGCCAUCUAAAUCUAAGACACCAGUUUGACUAUGGAGAAUUUGUGAAUCUUCAGCUUGAUGAAGAAACCCAGUACCAAAAUGCUGUUGAAGAAUCUUGUCACGUGACUAUUUAAAGUGUAGGUCCUCUGCAUCUUACUGCACUCUGAGGGAAAAGCUACAUGAAUCCAAUCAGUAAUCUGAAAUGUAUAUUAAUAAAAAGGGAAUUCAGUAUCUGUUUUUUUAGGUUAAAUAACUUUUCCAAGAACAAGAGUUUUUAAAAUGCUUUUUGAUUAGACAAAAAUGGAGUGAAUUUUACUACUAGAUUUUUUUUUAAUUCUACAUAAUUGAUCGUACAGCUAUUGGAAAGGUGUUAAGUCAUUUUACUGAGUAGAGUUCUUUUACUUUAAGUAGGGACCUUGGUGGAGCUAUUCACUGGUGUCUUUUGAUUUCUGUGUACAUUUUCAUGGUUUUGUUGAUCUUGCAGUUAUAUUUUUGUUAAUGCCAAAUUCGGGGCGGAGGGUGGGAAUCAGAUGCAAAGAUGCUGUAUUGCACUUUGCUUUUUAUAGUCAGGGUUUCAUUUGCAAAAUUAUAUCCUCGGGAGAAUAUUUGUGUGUAACUUUUGUUUAAAGCUGAAGUGAUAUUUUUACUACCAUAAUUUCUAAUAAUAAAAGUGAGAAUGGCCAAUUUGGAAAGUUGAAAUAGUUGUUUUCAAUAGUGCAGCAUUUUAAAGCAGAUUGGUUUCACUUACAUCACUAAGAAGGAGUGGUAUAUCAUGGCCUGAGGGAAAUUAUUUCUAUUUUGUUAUUUCUCUGGUGUAUCACUAAAAUAGGACAUUUUGCUUCCUGGGCGGAGAGGCUAUGAGCUCUUCCCACACACCCUGCAAACUGGUGGGGAGAGGAAGUGCUUUGUGUCACUUGACAGUGUGCCUUGUGAAUGAUUUAAAGAUAACAUGCAAAGGAAAAAAAGUGUGUCUUUUUGAUAAAAAGGCCAGAGUAUUUUGCCUUUAUACAUUAUUUUUCUUGUUAGUUACAUCAGAAAUCCAGGUUGUGUCUACCAUGAAAAACAGGGAAGACAUUAAACUUGAAAACUGGUAGGAUUAGGACAUAACUGGUAUCAAGGCAUUGAUAUAUGUUUUGUCAGUCAUUAUUUAAAAUUUUAACAUGUGUUGUAAACCUGAAUAAGCAGUUGAGAGGAAAAAAAAUCUUGCUAAGAAGAUUCACUACCUCCAUAUCUUACGCUAAGGGCUGCGAAAGUUCCUAUUCUAGUUCUCCCUUCCUGCAAGAUGACGUCCAACAAAAACAGGGAAGGCAAGACUUGAUAUUCCCACAAUUUUAAAAACACAAACUUUUAUUUUUAAGUUUGGACCUUUAUAAAUAAGAACCCAAAAGCCCUAUUUUGUUCCCUUGCAUGUCCCUUAAGAAAUGGCUUUAUCAGGUGUAUGGAGAAUUCCCAAGCCUGGGAGAAAUAGGAUGUUUCCAAAUACUGUAGUCAAUUGGGACACAAUGUUUUCCCCCUAACACAUAUUCCUAACUGUCAUUAUUGUACAUCGGUGUUGUGUACAUAAAAAAGAGAAUAUCCAGUAAUUUUGCUGUGCAGUUAGUGAUCUGAGUAAUGGUAUUGUCUAAGCACAAGCAACAGUACAAAUGGCAUUCAGGUGCCUAACUCAUUUGUGCCUUUGGAAAACCUCCCCUUAAAAGGUAUGUGAUGCUAUUUCCAAACGAAGUAAUCUGGAGAAUGCAAUGCAUUUUCCUUAAGUGCUUCAUAUUCCAGAUCUAUCCAGACUGGAAUGUAUGUAAAGAACAGAACCUACAGUGUAAGGAUUUUCAAAGUUGAAACCUAAUUCUGUGGUCCAUUCAUGGAGGGGGAGGGAGGGAGAGGGCAGUAUAUAGAGCUAUAAUGCGGAUAUAUAAUAAUUAUUUGAAAUGUUUAUUCUCUAUUUGAAAGUGUAAACAGAUAGUAUACUAUCUCUCCUGCUGGCUUAAAUUGCCAAAAAUGUAGAGGAAUAGGCUAUUUCACAGAUCCCCUAAAGUUCUAGCCUGUUUACAAUAUCUUAAAAUGUGAGGGAGGGGGGUUAAAUUUCAAGAUAUUCCGCUGCUAAAAAGUUUGUGAUUUUUAAAAAAAAAUAAAAGUUCAGAACAUGCUAACUCUUCUACUGUGAACACUUCUGAUAGAAUUUUUUUAUUUUUCAAAGUUCAGUUAUGAAUACAUUUGUUCUCAGAGUCAACAAAAUACUAAUAUAGUGGAGAUGGCAAUAAAUGCCUAGAGCCAAUACAGAUUAUUUUGAAUCAUUCUGAGAUCAACACCUGAUUGACUCUGAACAAGCCAUUUCAGCUACCUGAACAUGUCUUGAGAACUCUAGUUUAAAUUACUUGUGUUUUAAAACACUAACUCAGAGACUCAAAUCCUUCUACUGUUACAGCAAUAAUUAAUAGUUCACAUUUGAUGUGAUUGUUGAAAUAAAAUUUUAGUAGAGUUUAAAUGUUUUGAGACUUGAAUUCAUAUUUUAAAAAUAACAUCCUUUUGCAGUAUGUUACAAGGAAUUUAAUCUUUGAACAGUAAUUUUCAUUUAUUGCAUUCUAUUUUGUGUAUUUAAAUGCAGUAUACAAAUCCUUAAUGCCUGGGAUGUUUUCCCUAUUUUGCAUAUGGUAAACUGUAUAUUGGCAAAUCUUCCUUGUUUAAGUUUUUAUAUUUUUAUUAUGGUGAGACAUCCUCCAACUACAUUUUUUAGAUAACUGAUGAAUGACAAGAAAAUAAGCAGUUUGGUCAGAUAUUAUACUGCCGUUGUCAUUCUCUUUUCCACUCUGCAUCUCAAAUGUACCCAUGAGGAGGCUGUAUAUUGGUAAUGGGUAAUGAUUGCAGUAAAGUGUGCAAAUUUUAUUGGAAGUGUGCGGUUGAGAAACCCUUUUAUUAACACAUUCUAAAUGUACUGAUGUUGAAGACAGGUGUCUGAUGCUUGAAUUGUACCUUCUUGGUUUUCUAUUAAAACACUUUAUUUUC